UAGGGAUCAUUCUAUGUGUGUGAGGCCAGAGAUACACUUCUCUUCUCAGUUCUCACCAAUCACAACACCCACCACCCCCAACUUUCUCUCUCCUUCAGUGAGAUUUGUCACCAUUUUUGUUGGAUUUUGUUCCUGAAACCACUGAAUCCCGUGGUUUCGUAUGCUUCACUAAUCUGUCCCAAAAAGAUAGGAAAUUCUCCACAUUACACGAGAUAGUAGGUGUGAAAGAUUUCUUAGAAGAAGGGAAAAAUGAAGCUAAAAGAUGAUGAUAAGCCCUAUAGGCCAAAUGAUAAAAGUUCAAGGGUUGUACCAAUGGGGAUAAUGUUCAUUGUAUUGUGUGGAUUUUCGUUCUAUCUUGGUGGGAUCUUUUGUUCUGAAAAGAACUCAUUUGUCACUGAAGAAGUUGUGAAAUCGGUUGAAUCUCCCAAAAAGACUGUUUCUACUCCAAUUCAAGUGAAAUCGGUUUCGUUUUCUCAAUGUAGUGCUGAUUUACAAGACUACACACCUUGCACGGAUCCUAAGAGAUGGAAUAAAUACGGACGUCACAGGCUUACAUUCAUGGAGCGACACUGUCCACCAGCUUUCGACAGGAAAGAAUGCCUUGUGCCACCACCUGAUGGCUACAAGGAGCCCAUAAGAUGGCCGAAGAGCAAAAACGAAUGUUGGUACAGGAACGUCCCAUAUGAUUGGAUCAACAAACAGAAGUCUAACCAGCAUUGGUUAAGGAAAGAGGGGGAGAAAUUCUACUUCCCUGGAGGUGGGACUAUGUUCCCUAAUGGCGUCAGUGCUUAUGUUGAUUUGAUGCAAAACCUAAUUCCCGGAAUGAAAGACGGGACUGUUCGUACUGCCAUUGAUACCGGUUGUGGGGUUGCUAGUUGGGGAGGUGACUUGCUCGAUCGUGGAAUUCUUACGAUCUCCCUUGCUCCAAGAGAUAACCAUGAGGCCCAAGUCCAGUUCGCUCUUGAACGUGGUAUUCCCGCCAUUCUUGGAAUCAUAUCGACUCAACGUCUUCCAUUUCCUUCAAAUUCUUUCGAUAUGGCUCAUUGCUCUAGAUGCCUGAUCCCAUGGGCGGAAUUCGGUGGAAUUUACCUUCUUGAAGUAAACCGGAUCCUCCGUCCGGGCGGUUUCUGGGUCCUAUCCGGCCCGCCCGUGAACUACGAAAACCGAUGGAGAGGAUGGAACACAACAGUCGAAGAUCAAAAAUCCGAUUAUGACAAAUUAACCGAGCUUCUAACUUCAAUGUGCUUCAAAUUAUACAACAAGAAAGACGAUAUAGCCGUGUGGCAAAAAUCAUCCGACAAUAAUUGCUACAAAAAACUCGAUACACCCGACAACUACCCACCAAAAUGUGAUGAUGGAACCGAGCCCGAUUCCGGAUGGUAUACCCCAUUGAGACCUUGUGUUGUUGUCCCCGACCCGAAAAAGUCAAAAUUGAGCUUGAAAUCGAUUGCAAAAUGGCCCGAAAGAUUACACGUGGCACCCGAACGUGUUUCGGAUGUUCGUGGUGGAAGUGAUGGGGCUUUUAAGCAUGAUGAUAGUAAGUGGAAGAGUAGGGUGAAGCAUUACAAGAAGUUGCUUCCGGCUCUUGGAACAAAUAAGAUCCGAAAUGUUAUGGAUAUGAAUACGGUUUAUGGUGGUUUUGCCGCGGCUUUGAUUGAAGAUCCACUUUGGGUUAUGAAUGUUGUGUCUUCGUAUGCUCCGAAUACACUUCCCGUGGUGUUUGAUCGUGGUCUCGUUGGAACUUUCCAAGAUUGGUGUGAGGCGUUCUCAACCUAUCCUCGAACGUACGAUCUCCUUCAUGUCGACGGCCUCUUUACAACCGAAAGCCAUAGGUGUGAGAUGAAACAUGUGUUAUUGGAAAUGGACCGGAUCUUGAGACCAAAUGGAUAUGCAAUCAUUAGGGAAUCAAGCUACUUUGUAGACGCGAUUGCGACAAUAGCAAAAGGAAUGAAAUGGGGUUGUCAUAAAGAAUCCACCGAGUACGAUAUAGAGACCGAAAAAGUUUUGAUUUGCCAAAAGAAACUUUGGUACUCAAAGCAAAGCUCUUAGUUAUUUUUGCGUCAAAGCACGGGGCAUACUUAUAACAAGUGUAAGUUUUUUAUUUUUAUUCGACACGUAUAAUCUUUGAUGAACAUCAAGAGAAACAAAUUUAGUUGCAUAAUAGUUUUGUUGUAGUAAUAUUUUUAAUUUAUUUGAUUUUAUUAUUUUUGUACCGAGAAAACUUUCUUUUCGUUGUAUUUGUUAAAGAUGAUGGAGCAAUUGUAAGCUCGUAUUUGUAUCAAGUGAUGUACAACUUUUAUAGCAUGAAGUACAAGUCAUAAUUACACAA